AGUGAUAAUAAAAAUGGUGGUGGACACGGAAUUGGAAGAAGCAAAAGCAGCUGUUUUACAGCUAAUGAAUGAGAAAGAUAAGAUCGAAUCUGAUUUACAAUCGGCAAGAAAUAUCUUAGAUGCCAAUCGUGUGGGCAUGACGGACAAUUUAGUAGAUUUAGAAGGCUAUCCAAGAAAUGAUAUCGACGUUUAUCAAGUUCGACAUGCUCGUCACAAAAUAAUAUGCUUGCAAAAUGAUCAUAAGGAAUUAAUGCUUAAAAUCGAGGAAGGUUUGCACAAGAUUCAUAAGAUUGCUGGCGCUGGAACAGAAGCGAGUCCUUCGACUUCUAAUACGAUGCAGGAUGUCUUUCUAUUAGAACCAUUUUUAAGAGUUAACUUGGUGUCCUCUGGCUCUCCAGCCGAACUGGCAGGUAUACAAGUGGAAGAUCUUAUACUAGAAUUUGGAUCGAUAUCCAAUAGAAAUUUCAAAAGCUUAAAAGAUAUUGGAACACUAGUGGAAAAUAGCCGAUAUAAAAAUAUCUAUGUAAAAAUCAAGCGUGGAUCCAAUACUUUUGCAUUGACUUUAAUUCCUCGACCUUGGAGUGGAAAGGGACUUCUCGGUUGUAAUGUUGUUCCAUUGGAGGCUGUAGAAAGAUAAAGAAGAUCAAAGUAUUUCUUAAAAUUGUAUAAGGUAUUUACAGUUGUCAGUAAGUCAUUAUCUAAUCGAAUAAAUUUCUAUUUUUAACGAA